CGGGCUGCGGCCCCAGCUGAUCCUCCGCUCCCGAGGCGAGUGCCGCGGCCUCGUGAGGUGGCGGGGGCGUCAGGGACGGCGGCUGAGACCCGCGCCGCCCAUCUGAGCGGGGCGGGCGCUGCGUGGCCAGGAAGCCGCCCCAGAGCUGCUCAGGGAACCGUCUGGGGCCUAUUUUUGGUUUUCUCCAGGACCGUCGGCCCGCGGGCCCCAUAUAUCUCUGCAGAGACCGCGACGCCCCCUCCCGGGACGGACCGCGGUGCCCGCCCGCCUAAAAAGCGCCGCCCGCCGGCCCGAGCGAACCUGGAGCCGCCGCCGCCGUGCCCACCGCGCCUCUCACGGAGCCUGGGCGGCCGGCGGGGCCUGGGGCCUGGGCGUCGGGCGCGGCGCUGCGGCGGCCGCUCCUCCCCGAGCUGGGCCCGGGGCCUGGCGGAGCCGAGCGCCGCGCCCUCCUGACCAGCCGCCGCCCACCGGCCCAACCGCCUCCCCGGCCCGCCGCCCCUCCGGCCCUGGCCUCCCGCCCAGCCUUCCUUUGUGGAGCUGAAUGAUUUUGAGGGGCCUCCUCCCUCCUCCUUGCGAUUACGGUGCUGGAAGGCCGACCCCACCACCUCGGUCAGAGCCCCCCGCGGGAGGGAAACGUCCGUCGUUUUGUUCCCUGAGGGCCCACCCGCGCCCCGCUCCUUUCGGUGUUUGAUGAGGUUUUUUUAGUGUUCCCCCCCCCCCCUUAUUUCUCUCGCCUCUCGACGGGAAGGCCCCGCGCGAGGCUCUGCGCUUCUGCCUCUCCCCGUCUUUUCCUCACCGCCCCCCCUUCGCACAAAUAGCCUAACCCCUUAUCCCCCGGCCGGCGAUGGCGCGACAGUGAGGGCGGCGAGGCCGGACCACGCUGGGACAGUGCCCGCGCCCCAGCGGGCGUGAGCACCCACUUCCCCGCUCCGCGCCCCUCUUUUUCGUCUCCUGAGCUCUCUGAGAAGAGAGAAGACGCAGGGGAAGAUGUGGCUGAAACUGUUUUUCCUGCUCCUCUAUUUUCUGGUCCUGUUCGUCCUGGCCAGGUUUUUUGAGGCCAUUGUGUGGUAUGAAACUGGCAUCUUUGCCACCCAGCUGGUGGAUCCGGUGGCGCUGAGCUUCAAGAAGCUGAAGACCAUUCUGGAGUGCCGGGGGCUGGGGUACUCGGGGCUGCCCGAGAAGAAGGAUGUCCGGGAGCUGGUGGAAAAGUCAGGUGACUUGAUGGAAGGUGAACUCUACUCUGCACUCAAGGAAGAAGAAGCAUCUGAAUCUGUUUCUAGUACCAAUUUCAGUGGUGAAAUGCACUUCUAUGAGCUUGUAGAAGACACAAAAGAUGGCAUCUGGCUGGUUCAGGUCAUAGCAAAUGACAGAAGUCCCUUGGUCGGUAAAAUCCACUGGGAGAAAAUGGUGAAAAAGGUGUCGAGAUUUGGAAUACGUACAGGCACUUUUAAUUGUUCCAGUGACCCCAGAUACUGCAGGAGAAGAGGCUGGGUACGAUCCACACUCAUUAUGUCUGUCCCACAAACAAGCACUUCUAAAGGGAAAGUCAUGCUUAAAGAAUACAGCGGGCGCAAGAUUGAAGUGGAGCACAUUUUUAAGUGGAUCACUGCUCAUGCAGCUUCUCGGAUCAAAACCAUUUAUAAUGCUGAACAUUUGAAAGAAGAAUGGAAUAAAAGCGAUCAAUAUUGGAUAAAAAUAUACCUAUUUGCAAACCUUGACCAACCCCCAGCUUUCUUCUCUGCACUAAGUAUAAAGUUUACUGGAAGAGUUGAGUUUAUUUUUGUUAAUGUGGAAAAUUGGGACAACAAGAGCUUUAUGACAGAUAUUGGUGUAUAUAACAUGCCAUCCUACAUUCUUAGAACUCCUGAAGGAAUUUACAGAUACGGAAACCACACAGGUGAAUUUAUAUCCCUUCAGGCCAUGGAUGCAUUUUUGCGCUCAUUACAACCUGAAGUAAAUGAUCUGUUUGUUUUGAGCUUGGUUCUGGUUAAUCUUAUGGCAUGGAUGGACUUAUUUAUCACACAAGGAGCAACCAUAAAGCGAUUUGUGGUUCUCAUAAGCACUUUAGGGACAUACAAUUCUCUAUUAAUUAUUUCCUGGCUACCUGUGUUGGGCUUUUUACAGCUCCCUUACCUAGAUAGCUUUUAUGAAUAUAGCUUAAAAUUGUUGCGAUAUUCCAACACAACCACACUUGCAUCAUGGGUAAGGGCAGACUGGAUGUUCUAUUCUUCCCACCCGGCCCUAUUUCUCAGUACUUACCUUGGACAUGGUUUACUAAUUGAUUACUUUGAGAAGAAGAGACGGCGCAACAACAACAAUGAUGAAGUCAAUGCCAAUAACUUAGAAUGGUUAUCAAGUCUGUGGGACUGGUACACCAGCUACCUCUUCCACCCGAUUGCUUCUUUUCAGAACUUUCCUAUAGAAUCUGAUUGGGACGAAGACCCUGACUUAUUCUUGGAGCGGUUAGCUUUCCCUGACCUUUGGCUUCACCCUCUGAUACCGACUGAUUACAUUAAAAAUUUGCCAGUGUGGCGAUUUAAAUGUCUUGGAGUCCAGUCUGAAGAGGAAAUGUCGGAGGGUUCUCAAGAUAUUGAAAAUGACUCAGACAGCGAGAGCACAGACACUUUUAGGAGUGAAAAGGAAGUAUUUGAAGAUAAACAAAGCAUAGUUCACAAUUCUCCAGGAAGAGCAAGUCACUGUGAUGCUGAGGCUUGUUCAUGUGCCAAUAAAUAUUGUCAGACCAGCCCAUACGAAAGGAAGGGGAGGUCGUACGGAUUAUAUAAUGCUAAUGAAGAUAUGGAACCUGAUUGGUUAACUUGGCCUGCUGAUAUGCUGCACUGUACUGAAUGUGUUGUUUGCCUAGAGAAUUUUGAAAAUGGAUGUUUGCUAAUGGGGUUGCCUUGUGCUCAUGUGUUCCAUCAGAAUUGCAUUGUGAUGUGGUUGGCUGGAGGCCGACACUGUUGCCCUGUUUGCCGGUGGCCUUCUUAUAAAAAAAAGCAGCCAUAUGCACAACACCAGCCCUUGUCAAAUGAUGUCCCAUCUUAACCAUGUGCAAUUUGUCCUUUAUAAGCUUUGAGUAACUUACAGCUUGCCUUUUUAAUGUUAGUCACAAUGUUUUUGUGGUUUGAAGUUUAGUUUAAUGUUAGUGCAGUGACAGGAAAUACACAUUAUGCUAAUGUUGAUGACAAUUAUUUGGUUGCCUUGUGUGUCAAAUGAAUGCAUACUUAAUUGUAAAACUUUUUAUUUACAACAUUGGAAAUUCAGAAGUUAAUGUUUUUUGUAAGCACAAAAGAAGUAUGAUAGAAAUUUAUCCUAGCAAGACAUUACAAGGUAGGAUUAAAUCCUAAUGAAACUGAGGCAGUUUCUUAUCCUAAAUGUUUCCUCCCUUUUUACAAUCUCUGUCCAGCACCUCUUGAUUAAAUAAUGUAUGCUCUGAGACCUGAAAUUAAAACAGACUAUGAAAUAAAUUAUUUUAAAACCAGAA